AAACAUUCAUCAUCACAAACGCCUUCUAUCAACACUUGAAACUAGUUCAUUUAAAAACAUAUCGACUCGUCUAACGUUAGUGAAGAUUCUGGUGGGCUUGCUUGUUUGUUUUGUCAAUCAGGCGCUCCUCCAGUGGACUGUCUCUGGACUCCAAUGCCCACAACUCUUCCCGUGAUGACGCCGCCGCAGCAGCGCACAACGCGUCUCACGCAACGCUCUGUGUUUUGGAGAAGAACGGAAGAUGGCGACCUCAAACAAUCCGCGAAAAUUUAGCGAGAAAAUCGCCCUCCACAACCAGAAACAAGCGGAGGAGACCGCGGCGUUUGAGGAGGUCAUGAAAGACCUGAGCAUCACGCGAGCUGCACGGCUGCAGUUACAGAAGACCCAGUAUUUGCAACUAGGCCAGAAUCGAGCUCAGUGCUAUGGAGGGUCACUGCCCAAUGUCAAUCAGAUUGGAAAUAGCAACACUGACCUCCCUUUUCAGUCGACAGUUCUAGACACCAGUCGGACGUCCCGACAUCAUGGCCUGGUGGACCGCGUGUAUCGUGACAGGAAUCGCAUCGCUUCUCCUCAUCGUAGACCUCUCUCUGUGGACAAGCAUGGACGUCAGAUUGACAGCUGCCCCUACAGCUCGGUAUAUCUGUCUCCACCUCCCGACACAAGUUGGAGGAGGACCAACUCUGACUCAGCUCUACACCAGAGCGCUGUGAAUCCAGCUCAACAGGACACUUUUGUUGGUGGAUCUCAAGAAUUGCAGUCAAAAGGAGUGAAAACAUUGCUGUUGCUCACCCCUCCAGAUACAGAGGACACUGAGUCAGAGAUGGAGAAAGACGAGCCCAACGCAUCUCUGCAUACAGAGUCAUGUGAUGUUCCUGGGAUUAACAUAUUUCCAUCUCCUGAUCAAGAAAUGAAUAGCUCUUUGAUGCCAGCUGCUCACAGCACAGGCGGCUCCUUACCUGAUCUGACAAACAUUCAGUUCCCUCCUCCUCUCCCCACCCCGCUGGAUCUUGAUGACCCAAUAACCUUUCCUACGUCCAGCUCCAGUUGUACCAGCAACCUGACCACCAAUCUGACACACUUGGGCAUCAGUGCUGCCAGUCACGUCCCUCCCUCCCCACCUGCCCAGCACACUGGCCCCGUCCCCUCACCUAAUAUCAGCCUACAGCAGCCAGCUCCCACGCUACCACCUGCGGUCUCACCUCAGAUACCCAUCACACAGCCAAUCACGAUGGACAGUCUGUCACUGGAGCAGCAGCUGUCUCAGUACUCACUGCUGAGUUUACUGAAUGACCUGCAGAAACAGCCGCACACCCUUCCUCAGAACAUCCGUCUCAUACGGCUCCCUCCUCUCACCGUAAGCUCCACUGUCCAGACCUCUCUUGCCAGCCAAUCAGAGACAGCCACAAGUGGAACUGCAAACUCAUAUCGCAGUCAGACUGGCUCUUCAACCAAUCAGUCGCCAACAUCUCCAGUGUCCAAUCAGGGCUUCUCACCUGGCGGUUCACCACAACAUAUUCAGGUGGUUGGGAGCAUCUUUGGAGAUUCAUUCUAUGAUCAGCAACUUCCGUCCAGACAGACCAAUGCCCUGUCCAACCAGCUGGAACAGUUCAACAUGAACAUGAUGGAGAAUCUGGGUGACUCCAGUCACUGUUCAACCCUGAACUACACACAGGCAGCCAUGAUGGGUUUAACUGGAAGCCACAGCAGUCAGCAGGAGACACAGCAGCUGAGCUACAGUAGCCAUGGCAACAUUCCCAACAUCAUUCUCACAGUAACAGGGGAAUCUCCACCCAGUCUCUCCAAAGACCUCACCAGCUCAUUGGCCAGCGUUGGUGACGUCAGCUUUGAUGCAGACUCUCAGUUCCCAUUGGACGAGUUGAAGAUUGACCCCUUGACACUAGACGGACUGCACAUGCUCAACGACCCGGACAUGGUUCUCGCCGACCCGGCAACCGAGGACACAUUCCGCAUGGAUCGACUGUGAACCUGUGAAUGCAAUUUUAAGCGAGACAUUCCCGCUGCAUGGCCUCUCUGUUCACCAUCUGGUGAGUGGCUGACCUCGUCCUCCCAACCACCCAGACAACAGCAUGCUGCCGAACCGCUCAUGGCCAGGAGCUGGGGAUGGCAGCGAGGGUUUGGGGGGUGUGGAGGUGGAAGUCCUGUAUCCACACUGGAUAGUUUCCAAUGCGCAAUACCGUCCACCGUCCACUCUCUUCAUGUUUUGUUUUUGUUUGUUUGCAUUUCGUUUUCUCGGUUGGUCGCCAACACGCAUUUUCUAUUUUGUCGCUUGUCCAUCCUUUUGAUUCCAUCGGCAUAUGGAUCUUUUAUGGUUCACACCAUUUGUGUGUUUUGCUUUGAAUUCAUAUUCACUUCAGUAUGUUGAUGAAUUAUUUUGGCACAUUAAGUGAAUUGCCAACUUUCAUCUAUUUUAAAAUGUUUACACAAGUAUGUCCAUGAAGAAUUAUCCGUCUGUAUAAUUAUGUGUGUGAAAUCGACAUAUUUAUUUAUAAUAUGUAUUUAUGUAUUUAUUAUUUUUUUAAUUAUAGAUAUAUAUAUAUAUAUAUAUUAUUUUAUUAUAUUUCUGUAAGGAGCACUACUCCCCCAGAUUGUGUAUUUAGGGUUUAAGGGAGCAUUGCUCAUUGUACACUGGAAGGCAUAACAUUUGCUUUUACAAAAUGGCUUCCAUGGCAUUUCAAUUUGCUAGCAUUUUGUAACAUUCAAACAUCUCAAGAUGUCACGAUUGGUGUUAUCAUUUUUUUUUUAUUUUUUUUUUUUUGAAAAUAUUUGCCAGUAAUUGAUGAAAUUUUCUAGCAAAAUACAGCAGUCUCUUGAUAGAAAUAUAACCCAUGUUUUGGUGUUUUUGUGGACUGUCAUGUGACUUUCUGUAUGUUCUGCAUAUGUUAUUCAAACUGAAGGUUUGAUUACUGUUAUCGCUGUAAUGUACGCUUCAACAGUGGUCACCAAGAGCUGCUGCAGAAACCUGCUGAACACUACACUGUGAGAGGACCUGAUUUUGCCUUAUAUGAACAAAAUGCUGUUUUUAACUGUCGAUGUGAUUUUCUAAUCUCCAAAGUGUUUUCCUCUCGAUAUGCCGUUUUGUUUAGUAUUGAGUGCUGUAUAGUUUGUACUUGUACUGCCAAACGAAACUCAAGUUUCUGUGUGAAGAUGAUGUCAUUCAUCUGGCAUGGGGAGAGUAAUGCUCCUUAGUUUGUGUUUUUCAUUCCCACAUGUAUGUUCGAGCCCUGUGGCACUUUGAUCAAGUGACAUUUUUUAUUUAUUUUUUGCCCUGUGUGCUUUAGCAAAGGUCUUUAACCCUGCUUUUUGGGGACCCACUGUCCUACAGAGUUGAGUUCAUCUAGUCAGCUCUUCGGGAUCCCUUGAUUGGAAAUAUAAUUUGCAGGACAGUUGGUCUCCAGAAGCAAGGUUGAAGACCUCUGUGCUAUAUUAGAAGGAAUGAAGGAAUCACUCAUUUACAGUUCAGUGACACAGUUAUGAUCUCUAUAUGCAGUGGGGUCUACAAAACACCACUUUUUUUUGCAUUCAAACCUGGAAAGUUGUUGGAUUUUUAAAAAGGAAAAUCUAAAACAAAGACAAUUAAAAAAAGAAAUUGUUGUAUCUGAGCUAACAUAAACUAAUAAUGACCAGUAAUGUAUUAGUAAAUGUUGAGGGUCUCACUUUAUUUUGAUGGUGCCUUUAACACAUUCAGUUGACUAGAAGUAACAUUGCACCACAUGUCUACUAACUCUCAUUAGAGCGUUAGUUGAGUAUUAAUUGACUGGUAGGGUUUGGGCUUGAUUCAGUUGAUAUGUAGUUACAAAAUUACUUAUAGUCAGUAGAGUGUCUGUUGGUGGAGCAUCAGAGUUGGCAGAUAUUAAAGGAGUAGUUCACUUUUAAAAAAAACUUUUGCUGAUAAUUUACUCACCCGCAUGUCAUCCAAGAUAUC